AUGAAGGCUGUCCUCCUUACCCUGCUGGCCAUUGGCUUGGCCCUCCAGCCAGGUACCGCCCUCCAGUGUUACUUCUGCACGGCCCAGGUGAGCAACAGGGACUGCCACAACGUGCAGAACUGCACCCAAGGCCAGACCCAGUGCAAGACGGAGCGCAUCCGUGCAGUUGGGCUCGUGACCGUUAUCAGUAAGGGCUGCAGCUYGGACUGUGUGGAAGAUGCGGAGAACUACUACGUGGGCAAGAAGAACAUCACGUGCUGUUCCAGGGAUCUGUGCAAUGCCAGUGGGGCCCACGGCCUGCAGCCAGCCACUGCACUGGGGCUGCUCGCCACGCUUGGCAGCCUGCUGCUGUGGGGGCCCAGCCAGCUGUAG